AUGGAACAGCUGGUGGGUAAAUGUGCAAUAUGUCAAACUAAUCAAUUCAAAUACACGUGUCCAGCGUGUGAAAUAAAGUCAUGUUCAUUAAAUUGUUACAAAACUCAUCAAGCUCAAACUUCAUGUACUGGAAAAAUUGAUAAUACAAAAUUUAUAAAUCAAGAAGAAUUAUCAAGAAAUCCUAAUCAUUUAAAUAGAGAUUAUAAUUUUUUACUUCAAGUUGAUAGGAAAAUUCAAUUAUCAAAAGAAGAUUUGAAAAAUAAUGCUAAAAAUGUUUUUAGAAAAUCAAAGAAUGAUCUUCAACCAAAUAGGAAAAGAUUUAAAAAAUCAACGAACGAUAUAGAGGAUUCAAGAAAGAUAUUAGUGAAUAAAGUUUUUAAUGAUCCACCGACAACAACUAAAAGAGAAAACACUUUAGUAAUACAGCUACCGACUGGUAUGCAAAGAUCAAUAUCAAAUAAAACAAGUUAUGAUAAAAAAUCAAAUGCUUUUGUAUGGACUAUUGAAUGGAAACUCUUGGAUAAAUCAGGAAUGGAAAUCACAAACUUCACAAGUUUUAGACUAAAGGAAAAUUUAACCCUCAAAGAAGCAAUACCCAUUAAUAUAUUGAAUAAUCAUAACUGGUCAAAUAAAGAUGGUUUGAAGUUUUAUUUAAAAAAUGUGCUAAAUACACCCAAAGAUUCAGUUAUAGAAUUGGAUGAAAAUUCAUCAAUUAGUUUGGCUUUGAGCAAUAAAAUUGUGCUUGAAUAUCCAACUAUAUAUGUCACACAAGAUGAAAAUGUUCUACUAGAUAAGAGUGUAAAAGAACAAGUGGCUUAUCAAGUAGAAGUUCCAUCGAUUUCGAACUCGGAAACUAAUUCAUCUACUAGUGAAGAGAAUCUGAGUGAAGAUAGUGAUUCGAGUUCUGAUUCGGAGUCUGAUUCAGGAUCAGAUAGUAGUCCAGAAGUAAAUACACUGAAACCACCAGUUUCCAUCAAAACAUUUGACGAUGCUAAAACUGAUGACAAAAAACCAGUCGAACUAGAGAAGGAGGAUCCAGUAGAGAAGAUGGAAGAAAUCAAUAUUCUUCAAAGCGUAGACUGA